AAUGGUGUCGAGGUUGAGAACUUCACGCUCCUAGGAAUGAACAUCACCAAUAAGCCUGUCUCGGUCCAACCAUGUUGAAGUCACAGCUGAGAAAGUUCACCAAUGUCUCUACUUCCUGAAGAAGUUUGCCAUGGCCCCAGCGAGCCUUGGCAAUUUUUAUCAUUGCAUGAUGAAAAAUACACUAUCUGGAUGCAUAACAACACACACACACAAUGCUGGAGGAACUCAGCAGGGAAGGCAGUAUCUAUGGAAAGAGUACAGUCGACAUUUCAGGCCAAGACCCUUCGUCAAAUGAUGCCAUGCUGGUAGAGACAUUAUGUGUCGGAGGACAGAGGCCGCCUUUAAGCGCCGCGCUGGAGCUCCGGCCACGUCACCGAGGGGGAGCCGCGCCGCAGCCGAAAGUUCGCACCGAGUCCGGGGAAGUUUGUCCGACUGAAUCCGGAGAGAUGAACGUGUUCAGGCUGGCGGGAGACCUCUCCCACCUCCUCGCCAUUCUCAUCCUGUUGAUGAAGAUCUGGAGCACCAAGUCUUGCGCUGGGAUCUCCGGGAAGAGUCAGCUUCUCUUCGCGCUGGUGUUUACAACCCGAUACCUGGACUUGUUCACCUCGUUUAUCUCUGUCUACAACACCAGCAUGAAGAUCAUAUUCCUGCUCAGUGCCUACAUAACCAUCUACCUGAUCUACUUCAAGUACAGUUCGACCUUCGACCGGGAGAACGACACAUUCCGCGUGGAGUUCAUCCUGGUCCCCGUCGCUGGUCUCUCCUUUCUUGUGAACCAUGAGUACACUGCACUGGAGAUUUGUUGGACAUUCUCCAUUUACCUGGAAUCAGUUGCCAUACUGCCACAGCUCUUCAUGAUCACCAAAACUGGUGAGGCAGAGACGAUCACUACUCACUACCUGUUUUUUCUGGGAGUGUAUCGGGCUCUAUAUCUUGCCAACUGGAUCUGGCGUUACCAGACAGAAGGGUUCUUUGAUCAGAUUGCAGUGGUGUCUGGGGUUGUGCAAACAAUCUUCUACUGUGACUUCUUCUACCUCUACAUCACUAAAGUGCUGAAAGGAAAGAACCUGGGCCUUCCCUUACCUGUCUGAGACCAGUGUCACAUACCAUGCAAGCAACACACCACAGUGCACAUGUACAAGUGAAAGAUGGGAAGUGGUUUUUAAUGAAAUGGAACUGAAAUAUGAUAAGGAGAGAUUGUAACAGAAGUGUGUGGGUGCUGAAUGGCAUUAUUCUUCAACCAUGUAAUUAGCACAGCGGAUAACCUGCAGUAUUGCCAAGUCUUUCUUACCAAAGACCCCAAACCAUUUCCUAACCCUCACUAUGGGGACACAAGUUCUCUUCCCACCUGACAAUUAAAAAACUUACUUAUAAUGUUCAAAUGUACCUUUUAAUUGUGACCCAUGAUAUAUCUGUUUAUAAUUGUGCAAUGAAAGUCCACCUUGAACAUAGGACAUCUAUAUUAAAAAAGUGAAAAUCAUUUUCCCCAGUUACUUAUCUGUACUGCAACACAUCCUUACCCCAACCUGGCAUAAAAAAAUCCAGAAGGAAGAUGAGCAUUAUAAAAAGAUGAAUUACAUUUGGGAGAUAUUAAAUGAUUUACAUAGAACCACCAUAGGUACAAUAGGAUUGUUUCAUUCUACAUGUGACAUUUAAUUACUAUUUUUCAGUAGCCCUAAUUUAUUCCACAUUACACUAAAUACUGUUCCCCUCAUUUAGGAUCAAAAUACUCUAUAACUAUAACCCAGGGAGCAAUUUGCCUGAAUCACUUACCACUGAUGCUUUAACUUAAAAAUAUUCAUUACCAACACCAUGAAGACAACAGCCAUUAUUCCUGGAGUAGAGGGCAGGAUAACCCUUAACAUGGGUGGUCCUGCUUUUUGAUGGUUGCAGCUACGGCUGGAGUCAGGUUUGCUUCAUGAGGUUUACAUGGUUCAAGUGUGGCCAACUGUGAUCAGAGCAGAACCCAGACAACUCUGCAUUGUCCAUCAAGUGCUUCAUACUUUGUAUUUCUAUUAUUACUUUUGUAAAAAUAUUAAUAUAACCAUCACUGUAACUGCCUGAAAUGUUUGCAGCAACUUUCUUCUUUCCUGAUAAUAUUGCCAUGUUAUGUAGAAUGGUUAUCACUUCUAACCCUCUGCAAAGUGCAGAAUGAGAAUGAAGAGGCACUGAUGACAUGGAAGAUUAUUGAGGGAUAUUAGAAGAAAGUGAACCAAUUAAGUCAGAGGGGUGUGGUGGAGUCAGGGAGAAGACAGAGCAUAAUAGGGAGGGUGGGUAAAUUGGUAUUUGUUCUGCAAUAGACUGUAUAUUUUGAACCCCACAGUGUUUCGAGUAUUUAUUUUAAUGUUUCCAGGCUAGCUUGCAUUUAGAAAAAGCAGACAUUCCUUUGGUAAAUCUCUUUAUUACUGGAAAUGCAAAAUACAAGAAAACCAGUACAGUAUCAAAAUAGCACAUUAUUAAGACUGACACUGGGUACAACUUAACAAGGUGAAACACAGCUUGCCUAAGUUGCUGAGAUGCUUCACCAGCUGCAGGAUUCCUAGAGUUUAAGAGCAGUCAUAGGUGGGCCUUAUCAAAUCCCAGAGAAAUUUUAAACUGUUUCAAUUGCAUAGAGCAAAUCAUCAAUAACAUCAAAGUCAAUUGUGGCACUGUUAAAUCCUGCAAUUUGUUCAGUGAUGGGGGAACCUCAUCAAAACGGGUUUUAAAGUGUGCAGAAAUACUAUCAGUGUGAUGGCCAAUACUUCUCACUUUUCCUAGAACCUACUGGUUCAAUCUCUUGGCUGUUUAUUUUCUACUGAGCAGAAUGUAACCAAUUAAUGAACAUUCAACAACUGACAAAAUUACCAAAAAGCAUGAGACUCCUAGCUAUAGCAGAAACUAACUCGGGAAAAAUUCCACAGGCUGCAACCAAGCUGCACACAAGAAUACCGAUAACAUGCAAAAUGAUUUGCAGCAAAUAAAACUCAAGACACUGGUUUCUGUUUGUCUCUCUCAGAGAAUGCAGCAGUAUUGUGGGAAACAUACCAUCACACAACUUACUGCGACCACGAUUUGCUUUGAACAGGCAACUAGCAACUGGUAGUAGUGCUGACAGUCUACUCGGGAAGAAAAAACUUGGUCCCAGCUGCCCAAGGACACCUUCAUAAAAGUACUGACAUUACAACUGCUUCACUUCUUUCACACAUUAACUUCAGAACAACAUCAUUUAAAUUACCCUGACUGACCACCAACCCCCCCACCUCUUGCUCUAAAUCAGAAAUAUCUACAGGGGCUACCUCUUGAGUGCAAGUAAAAGGAUUGAUGCUGGAUCCAAGACCAAUAAAAUUUUGCACAGCCAAAUCACCUCCAUUUAUGGUAAUCUGUUAUUGUUACCAACAGGAAAAAUAGUGCAUUUCAUGAACUGAACUUCUCACCCGACAACCACUUGCAUCUACACAUUUGCAGACAUAAAAACCAGAUUCACAGCAAUUCAAAUCUUUUACAGGAAUAAUGCUACUAAUUGAAAGCAGAAUAAUGUGCACACAAGAGACAGUAAAGGUUAUUCAUUUUGCCGUGUGGCCAGGGAUUACAGCCCAGUGUUUUUUUAAAAGUUCAAAUUUCAACUAAUUUGCAUCUUUUUGUUAUAACUUCCUAAUUAAUAAUGAUAGUAAAUUUGGACCUAUGAAGAACUCUAGGAAAGUAGUUCUGAAGCUCUGCCAUACAAUCUUAACCCUACUUCUAAUAAAACUUCCAAAAAAUCAUUUAAAAAUUAAAUUCAGCUACAACAGCUUUUCUAUUAUAAUGCCUCCAAACAAGUGAAUGGACUUUAAAUGAGCUCAUUUAUGAAACACCUACCUUCAACGAAACAUCCAGCAUUCAAACAUUUGGAAAAAAUGUCAGUAGCAUGAAUGGCUAGCAACAUAACUAAAAACUGGCCAAUUAUACUUGAGAAAAUAGUCAAAUUAACUUGAACAUCAAUGCAAC